UCCAUACUGAAGGCUGUCGCCUUUGAUCUUCAUCAGUAAGUGCUUCAAGUCCUCUUUGCUUUCAGCAAGCAAGGUUGUGUCAUCUGCAUAACAGUUAGGCUGUUAAUGAGUCUUCCUUCAAUCCUGAUGCCGCAUUCUUCUUCAUAUAGUCCAGAUUCUUGGAUUAUUUGCUCAGCAUGAAGAUUGAAUAGGUAUGGUGAAAGGAUACAAUCCCAUUAAUAUGAACCAAAUAUUUGGGAAGAGGCCAAAUUUAGACACCUGAGAAAGAGGAUGUUAGAGCUAAUGGGAGGCUGUGGAGCAGGAGAACACACCACACACCACACACACACACACAAGAUGACUCAGGAAAAAUGGCUUAAGCAGGAAGAAGGAAGUCAAUAUGGAACAACCCAGAUCCCUGGGCAGGGAUAUAAAGGCUCCUGGCACAGGAGGCUCCACACCUGAACCUUCCUCUCUACCUGCUCCUCUAACCAAACCCAUCCUCAGCCUACCAGAAUCAUGGCCUGCUGUGGCUGUUCCAGAGGCUAUGGGGGCUGCAGCUCCAGUUGUGGGGGCUCCAGCUACCAUGUGCCCUUGUGCUGCUGCAAGCCCGUGUGCUGCUGUGUGCCAGCCUGUCCCUGCACCAGCUGUGGCUCAUGUGGGGGCAGCAAGGGGGGCUGUGGCUCCUGUGGGGGCUGUAAGGGGGGCUAUGGCUCCUGUGGGGGCUGCAAGGGGGGCUGUGGUUCCUGUGGCUGCUGCCAGUCCAGCUGUUGCAAACCUUGCUGUUGCUCUCCAGGCUAUGGGCAAUCCUGCUGCCAGUCCAGCUGCUACAUGCCCAGCUGCUACCAGUCCAGCUGUUGUGUCCCCAUUUGUUGCCAGCGCAAAAUCUAA